AUGGAUUGUUUUAUCACUCUCACCUACGUGUACGGGUCUGGGGGUCGUCUGUAUGUGCAAGAUGUGACUCUGGAAGACGGACAGGCGGCUUUCCAGUGUCAAGUGAGGCACCCCGCCAGCCUCGCCGCCCUCACCAGCUCCCCCGCCACCCUCACUGUCAUGGCGCCUUCAGCAAGAGAUGGCGCCCCCAGGAUGGCCGAGAAGCUGCCGCGCAUGGUGGAGGUCUUAGAAGGGAAGCCGUGGACUCUGCCUUGCCUUGCUCACGGUCACCCACCUCCACAUUACAGCUGGACUCGAGAGGGCGUGGUCGGCGAACUGGGCAGCGUGGGCGGAGGUAGUGGCGGGCGUGUGUGGGUACGCGGAUCAGUAGUGGGCGGCUCGAGGGCGGGAGCUGGCGACGCAGGAGGGUAUACUUGUGUAGCUGCCAACGGAGCGGGUACAGACACCGCCCACUACACCCUCACAGUGGUUCAGGAGCUGCAUGUCACCGCCCAUCCCUCCAACCAGGUGGCGGCGGCAGGUGGCAGGGCGACUGUGGCCUGCCGCGUUGAGGGCUCCCCUGUGGCCGAGGUCAGGUGGUAUAAGGACGGCGACGCCAUACUCCCGCACGCCCACGGUCACAUCAUGCUGCAGGGGCGCGACACUCUGGUGCUGACGGGCGUGGGCGAGAGGGACGCGGGCGUGUAUCAGUGCGUGGCGGCCAACAGCGUCGGGGAGGCCCAGGCCGCGUCCCAUCUCACUAUCCGAGAUUCGCCGCCCACGCUGCGCCACACCUUCGUGGAGCAGACCCUGAGGGCUGGGGGCUCGGUGUCCCUCAAGUGCACAGCGCUGGGCCACCCGCCUCCCGUUAUCACCUGGAGCUUGGACGGCCGUCCCCUGGCACCUGCCUCGGACCACUACGGCGGGCAGCGGGUGUCCCUGGGUUCGUGGGUGGACCCCGCCGGCCAAGUGGUGAGUCAGGUAAACGUGAGUCGUGUCACACACCUUGACGGCGGCCGCUACGCCUGCACAGCUGCCAACGCUGCGGGCUCCAUCUCGCACACCUCGCCGCUCAACGUGUACGGCCCCCCCACCGCCCGCGGCUCAUCCAAUGUGACGGUGGUGGAGGGCACGGAGGCCAAGGUGUCGUGUCCCGUGGCGGGAUAUCCCUUGGUGGGCGUGACGUGGGCGCUGCACGGGCGGCCGCUCACACCCACCUCCCGCCGUGCGCCGCGCGGUGACGGCACCCUCGUGAUACAGCGCGUGGAGGCAGACCAUGAUGUGGGCCGCUACUCUUGCACCGCCAACGGGCCCCAGGGCACCGACACCGCCUCCUUCUUCCUCUCCGUCGUCAAACCUCCCGUGCUAGCUGAGAUAAAGUUCCAGGAAGGUCUAGUGGAGGGGAUGAGGCUCUCCGUCACCUGUUCCCUUCUGAGCGGCGACCUUCCCAUUAGUCUCCGCUGGUCCCGCGAUGGCCGCCCGCUGCCCCGCGACUCCAGCCUGACUGAGACGCACUCGCAGUUCUUCUCCAACCUGGUCUUCGCGGAGAUCAUGGGACGCCACGCCGGCCGCUACUCUUGCACCGCCUCCAACGCCGCCGCCUCCGCCACCGUCAGCGCCACCAUGCACGUCCAGGUGCCGCCGGCGUGGGUGGUGGAACCGCAGGACGUAGCGGUGGUGGGCGGGGGGGAGGCGUCCCUAGAGUGCCACGCUCAAGGCACGCCCACGCCCACACUCACCUGGAGGAAAGCCACAGCAGGUUACGGGUCGGACGAGUGGAGUGUGGUGCGCGGGGACGGCUGGCGGGUCAGGCUGAGACGUCCCGGUUCGCUGUCCAUCCGCGACGCUCGAGCUGAAGACGCCGGGCGAUACUUGUGCCAGGCCGAGAACAAUGUGACGCCGCCCAUCUCCAAGACCAUCACGCUCACUGUCCUGGAAGGAGCACGGAUGGAGGAGAAAGUCAUCAACCAAUCCGUGGCGGUUGGUGAACAUCUGAGUCUCCGCUGCCCUGCCCGUGGUGACCUGCCGCUGUCCUUCACGUGGGCCAGGGACGGGGUGACGCUCUCUGGCGGCGGGGAGGAGGAGGUGAGGCUGGAGGAGGGCGGGAGGACUUCGGUGUUGGUGCUGCCCGCUACUCUUCGCUCCCAGGCUGGCGUGUAUACCUGUCACGCAGCUAACAGAUACGGCUCCGACUCCUCCACCUUCUUUCUCAAUGUGGUCGCCUCGAAGUGCACUGAUCGAGUUGUUGACGUGAUGGUCCCUCGGCAACACUUCUUGUGGCACCGGGGCCCUGGCAGCGUUGUAGCAACAUCUGUACAUGUGACGUGGAAAGCAGCUCUAAUAUCACACGCCUUUCUGACAGAGCGGCCAGAUCCUCCCAGCCACGUGCACGUCAAAGAAGUGAAGAGCCGCGAGGUGUCCUUGGCGUGGGCCCCUCCCUUUGACGGCAACUCUCCGCUCACCCACUACCUCCUUCAGCACUGGGCCGCGCGAGACUCCGCUCCUGCCCCCGCCAACACCACCCUACCUAGAGACCUGACAGAGGCCACGCUCAAGGGUUUGUCCCCGGGCCGCACCUACCAUAUGCAGGUGCUAGCGGUGAAUGUGCGGGGCGCCUCCUCUCCCUCCCCGACACUCAGCAUCACCACCCUGCAGGAGCCGCCCUCUGCCCCUCCCACCCAUCUCCGUGCCCACGCCCGCCAGCAGGCCUCAAUCUCCCUCACGUGGCAGACUCCAGCAGCGCAUCUCAGCCCGGGGGAGGUGACAGGGUACCAGGUCGGGUUCAGGGAGUCCUCAGUGGCGGGGGAUGAAGGGGAGUACCGGUGGAAGAGUGUGCGGGGCGGUGCCAUGACGGCCAAGGUGGAGGGGCUGCGUCACUACACCGCCUACAGCGUGACCGUCAGGGCAGUAAACCAGGUGGGCUCAGGUCCUCAUGCCCAGCCCGUCACCGUCACCACAGCACAGGGAGUUCCUUCGGCAGCCCCAGACGGCAUUGAGUGUGACCCACUGUCGUCCCAGGCUCUAAGGGUGCGUUGGAACCCGCUGCCCCUCAACCUGUCCAACGGGCCGGUGCAGGGCUACAAGGUAUUCUACAAGCGCACCUCCAAUAUCGAAGGUUCUAACGCCGUGGACGUGAAGCGCACCACGAACCUGGAGACGAGCCUGCAGGGUUUGGGGCGCUACACUAACUAUAGCGUGCGCGUGCUGGCCUACACGGGCGCCGGGGAUGGGGUGGUGUCUGGCUCCAUCCACUGCGCCACCCUUCAGGACGUUCCCGGACCGCCAGCUGCCAUCCGAGCCCUCCCAGCAGGUCCUCACUCCAUUGUGGUGUCGUGGCUGCCUCCUGAGCGCCCCAACGGCAUUCUGGAGCACUACACCCUCUAUUACCGUCCACUUAACGCCCACAGGGCCCUUCAGACAGUGGUGGUGCCAGUGGAGGGCGGCGCCACAGCCAACAGGCCGCCGUGGGGUGAGGUGAGCCGGGAGGUGGAGAAUCUUGACGCCCAUGCCCGGUACGAGAUGUGGGUGAAGGCCUCAACCCGCGUGGGAGAAGGUGGCGCCUCCAGAGUGGUGUCCCAGGCCCCUGCUGCUACAGUGGCCGCCAAAAUCAAGUCGUUCGGCCAGGCGGUGGAAGUGAAGGCAGGGGCGCCGCUCACUCUUCCCUGCGCCGUGGUGGGUCACUCGGCGCCACUCGUUACCUGGACACACCUGGGCCGCGACGCCAUCCCUAACUCGCAGACACUGCCAGACCACUCCCUUCACCUGCCCGCCGUCACUUCCGAAGCCUCAGGUAACUACACAUGCCAUGCCCACAACCCCAUUGGACGGGACGAGGCGCAGUGGUCGGUGAGGGUGGUGGAGACGCCCCCGCCACCCACUCUUCGCGUCCAGUACUCCACCGAGACAACCAUCCACAUCUCCUGGCAUACCGCUGGGGACGGAGGGAAACCUAUUACUGGCUACAUCAUUCGCUACCGUCUGGAGGGAGGCGAGUGGCUGGAGGAGGCGGUGGAGCCCGGGGAGGCGAGUCAUGUCUUGCAGAAACUCCGCUGCGGCUCCACCUACCACCUGCAGGUCGCCGCACGUAACCUGGUGGGCCACGGCAAGGCGUCGCGCAACGUCAAGACCAGGACACGAGGCGCAGCGCCCCGCCAGCCACGCCACCAGGAUCUCGUUAGCGUCAACUCCUCCUCGGUGACACUGCAGCUGUACACGUGGCCCUCUGGUGGCUGUCCCAUCACCCGCUGGAUGGUGGAGUACCGCGCCCACUCCGAUAACGACUUCACCGCCGCCGCCUCACACCUGGCUGGCGACACGGACUCCUAUACGCUGGGGGACUUGGCGCCGCUCACUUGGUACCAGCUGCGUGUCACUGCCUACAACACAGCUGGUUCCACGACUGCUGCUUAUGAUGUUGCUACUGCCUCGCUCACUGGAGCCACCCUCGCGCCGGAGUCGGUGGUGGAGGUGGUGGAUCGUCGGGGCUCGCCACUGUAUCUCGACCCUCACAUCCUGGCGCCUGUGGUCUCCGGGGUAGCUUGUACUCUUGCCCUGCUCCUCUGUGUCGGUCUCCUGAUCUCCCGAGGACGUGCUCAGUUCAUGAAAGGUGCGGAUACGAAUGGUGGCAGCAGCGGCGGCGGCGGCGGAGGAAACAGUAAUGGCAAUACAUACAGUCGUUCUUUGGCCGAGAUACAGAAUCACCACAACGACAGUCAGGAGCAGCUGUCUCCCCCGCCAGGCCCGCGCAGCAAACACGACGAGGCUUACUCCGUGGACGAGCCGUACGAGAUCUGCCCCUACGCCACCUUCAGCAUGCCCCCGGGGACCACUGUGCCUCCGGGCUCGGCGGGGAGGGGCACACUCGACUACACAUUACAGUUUCACACCUUUGGCCACCAAGAAUGUUUCGAGGGCCAGCCAGCCCCGCAGAGGGCCUCCGCCGCCUCCCUCUUGGGCGGAAGGCGGCGUGACGGGGGCGGCGGAUCAACAGCUGGUGCCUCCGUGGAGAUCGCGUGCAUCUCCAGCCAGCAGACUCUGCCCAUCUCCUGCGUGCGUGGCGGCGUACGGCGUGCAGGCAAGAAGGAGCUGGAAGAGGAGGAGGAGGGGGAGGCCCACGGUGGGUCGGAGAGUGAGCAGGACACGAGUGGCAGUCCCGGCGGGGUGCGAGGCGGCCCAAGGGACACAUACAAGGUGCCUGUCCGGCUUAGGCGAGGUGCUGACUUCAGCUUCCACCCGCCAGACUCCAGCACUGAGAGCAAUGACGAGCGGUCCCCUGUGCCCCCCCGCCGACCACAGCACCUUCCCCCCACCCACCCCCAGCAUGCCUCUCACAGACUCCAUGCCUGUACACCUGCUCCACCACCUGCACAGGGCCUGAGGCCCAGCAGUACUCUGGACAGCGUUUACUCUGUGGAAGGGGCGGUUGGGGGGCCCCUUCGUCCCCCGACUGGGUUCUCUGACUCCCGUGAGCUCUCAGAGGCAGAAUGUGACCGAGACCCAGGCCAGGGAGGUCCCAAGGGAAGGCCACAGCAGCACGGCAGACGGCCGGCCUUCCCUCCUCGACCCCCCACUGACUACAGCAUCCACGUGUGAUCCCGCUCGUCAGGUGUUGAUUGGAGGACAGCACCAGGUGCUGUGAUUGCAUCCAACACUCCUCUGGUCAAACUGCCAAACUUGCACACUUGUAUAAACCUAAAAACAAAUAUUAAAGAUUAGCCUGUAUAGUGAGGUUUUUCAGUUCAAUUUGUUGCUGGAUAGAAUGAGGAGCUAGUGAUUGGAAUAGGAUUUGGGUAUAUAGUGUGUUGGAAUCUUUUUUGGAGAAACCAUUGUGAUCUUGGGUCAGACCCCACUCAGAGCACUUCCCACACCACUGCUGGCCUUCAGUGCUCAUUAUCAUUCUUGACCAGGAAUUCCAAACCCAGUGCUGAAGGUGAAGAGUCUAGUGAAUGUGCAUUAUAAUAUGAACUUCACACCUGCUGCAUAUCAUUGUCAUAUCAUAUUGUAGUGUGUGUGUGUGUGUGUGUGUGUCUGUGUAAAUAUUUUUUAAUGUAACAUUGGAAAAUAUAUCCUGGCCAUCUCACCAGUUUAUCAGUGACUUGUGGGUAGUAGUAACUUGGGGUUCUGACCCAUAUGUGUUAAGGCCUAAUAAACCAUUGCUAUCUGUG